AUGCCCGCCCGCUACAUCGUGCCCGUCGACCCUGCCCAUGGCCGCGGGGAAACAGUCGUCAUCGAGGUGCAGCAGGAGGGCAGCCAUGCCCUGGACGUCCGCCUCGUGGGCUGCGAGAGCGAACGCCCAUAUGUCACGUCGAUUCGCCACCGCAAUAUCGCGGCCCUCAGGCAUAAGUUCAAGGGCUCCGACGACGAGUGGGCGGCCAUCUUGUCUCAUUUCCUGCUGCAGCAACCGCCAGAGGGCGCCCAGGCCGCCCUCUUGCGCGGCGUCCGCAUGCUCUACACGCUGAAAAACGGCCGACUGGGGCUAUUGUUCCGCCAGGACAUUCACGCCAUAAAGAUGACCUUGGGCGAGAUUGUGCUGCCGCAGAAUGAUGAAUUUGAGUUUAACCCGUUCGAAUGGGCACAGGCCUCGGCCAUUGCCCACGCCCACACACUGCAGCAAAUGGCCGACCUCAAGGCCCGAGUAAGCAGCGAGCAAGAGGCAACUGCAAAGCUAAAUGCACAGCUCGACGACCUGGUCCAGACCAAGCGCGAGGCGGAGACGGCCAUGCUGCGGCAGUUUAUGCUGCUGUUGAACGAGAAGAAGAGAAAGAUGCGCGACCAGAGUCGCCUGCUG